UUCAUAAUUAAGUGUGGUUUAAAUUUCUGCUAUGUUAAAAUGGAAUCGGAAAGCUAGGCUUCUUUGAGAGAGAGAAGAACGUAUCUCUCCGCUCUUCUCUCCCCCUCUCUCUCUCUCUUCAUCCCCUUCUCCCGCCAUUGAUGUUCUUCAUCAAUCAAUGCUGCUUGCCAUCCUCAUAAAUGGACAGCUUCCGAAAGGCCUACGGCGCUCUCAAGGAUUCCACCAAAGUUGGCCUAGCUAAGGUCAACAGCGACUUCAAGGAUUUGGAUAUCGCCAUUGUGAAAGCCACCAAUCACGUCGAAUCACCUCCCAAGGAACGCCAUGUUAGAAAUAUAUUUGCAGCAGUAUCAUUAGCAUCACCAAGAGCUGAUGUUGGCUAUUGCAUCCAUGCACUUUCCAAGAGAUUGUCAAAGACAAGAAGCUGGAUUGUUGCCAUAAAGACAUUGAUAGUUUUCCAUAGGAUAUUUAGAGAAGGUGACAAAAGCUUCAAAGAGGAGUUAGUUCACAUCUCAAGAAGAGGCAAUAUAUUCCAAAUCUCCCAUUUCAAAGAUGAUUCAAGUCCUCUUGCCUGGGAUUGUUCGUCUUGGAUCCGUACGUACGCGAUGUUUUUGGAGGAAAGGCUCGAAUGCUUUAGGAAAUUGAACGUGGAUUUGGACUCCUCGGAAAGAGGGGGCACACACAGAUCAUCUUCAUCAGAAACUAAGGAAUAUAGCAAGAAUCAGAUGUCGGAUGUUGAGCUGCUGCUGGAGCAGCUGCCUGCGCUGCAGGAGCUUAUGUACCGGCUAGUUUGUUGCCAGCCUGAAGGAGCAGCGCGUUACAACUAUCUAGUCCAAUAUGCUUUGGCCUUGGUUGUGAAAGAGAGCUUCAAAGUUUAUUGCACGAUCAAUGAUGGAAUCAUCGUGCUCGUGGACAAGUAUUUUGAUAUGCCUCAUCCAUUGGCAGUUGGAGCUCUAAGUGUUUACAAAAAAGCAGGGCGACAGGCAGAUCAUCUAGCUGAUUUUUACGACUUGUGCAAGACGUUGGAUCUUGCUCGAACGUUCCAGUUUCCUGUUCUGAGACAGCCUCCAUCCUCAUUUCUUCAAACUAUGGAGGACUACGUAAAGGAAGUUUCCCCGUCUAAUCGAAUGGAGCAACGGAGAAAAGAGGAAGCGCGGAAAUCUGAAGAAGCGGCUGCAGCUGCAAGAGAAAACGGAAAACAAGUUGGAAACAAAGCUUUGGCUGUUGUUGCUCAACAGACACCAGCUGAACAACCUGUUGAUCUUCUUGGUCUUAAUGAGCCAAGCCCGGUAGCCACACAGCAGGUGGAAACCAACCCUUUGGCCCUUGCAAUCUGUCAACACGGAAAUGAGCAAGCGCAGCCUAGCCAUCCAUCGAGAGACUGUGGGUGGGAGCUGGCGCUUGUGACGACGCCAAGCAGCACGAACUCGCCCCAAACUAAAGUUGGGGGGUUCGACAGGAUGAUGCUCGACAGAUUGUACGAGGACAGCUUCUCGAGGAGGCGGCUGCAGCUGCAUAGGGCCGGAUACAGCACAGACCCCUAUGGCUACGGAGUGAGUCCACGUAAUCUGUUUGAACAGCGCGGCCCCUUUUCCGCGUCUCCACAAGCAGACAUGCCGAUGUUGGGGAUGUCGCCACAGCAGCAGAUGGCGAUGCAGCAGCAGCAACAACAACAACAAUAUCAUAUGAUGAUGCAUCAGCAACAACAACAACAGCAAUAUCAUAUGAUGAUGCAGCAGCAACAGUAUCAAAUGAUGAUGAUGGCAUCACAUAAUCAAAAUCAAUAUAUAUCUCCGUAUCCUCAACAACAACAACAGCAACAACAACAACGGCAGAUGCAACCAACGGGGUCAAUGAAUCCAUUUGGAGAGCCCUUUAGCUAUCCACAAAGCUCAAAUCAUACAUUGUUUUAGACAUAUGAGAUCUUUGAGUGUAGGCAUUAUGUACACUUCAUUCUUUGUUUAUGGUUUUGAUUGUAACACUGUUAAAAGUUGAUACGGUUGAACAUCAAUGAAGUAAUACAGUAACAUUCAUAUUUCA